UCGAUUGUCGUGUAUAUUCAAAGUGUGUUGUGGGCUUAAACAGAAAUAUAAAACAUUUGCGAGUUUAAAGUUUAGUACAUUGAUUAUUGCAAUCACUUAAAACUGUGUGUGUGGGUUUAUGCAACAUAUUCUGGUUUUGAUAACAUUGAUUGUAUUUUAUUCAAAUAGUCAUAAUAUUAGUGAAUACCUUACUUUUUAAACAAAUAACAGUUAACAACACAUAUUGAAAAUGGCAACUUUCGUCGGUUCAACUCAUAAAGGUGAAGAUUUAGUGAAGGAGUAUUCUUGUGGCGCUUGCGAAAGUAAAAAUAUCAUACAAAGUGCUGACGUUUUCUGUGAACCAUGUUUGAAGUGUUUUUGCAAAAACUGCCUGCAUUAUCAUGAUCAAAUAUUUGUAAACCAUUUGACAUAUGGAAGAGGAGAAACGAAUAAAUGGCCCCCAGCAAAAACAAUGGUGGAAUUGUUUCUGAAAUGUGAUAGUCACAACAAGAAACUGAAAUUGUUCUGCCAGGACCACAGUCAACUGUGCUGCUCUGAUUGUGUUUUACUGAAUCACAGGCAAUGUACAAAUCUGGCUCUUAUUUCCGAAUUAGACAAAAGGCUGUCAGUGGAUAUGAAGCAGAUGUCAAACAAAAUUCAGACAAUUCUUGCUGAACUAAAUAAGUGUAAGAAAACACAAGAGGGCACUAUCCUGUCCGUGGAGGGAUCAUACAGUGAAAGACUUCAAGAAAUUACAGAGAUGCGUAAAAAAUUAAAUGCUGCUUUGGAUAAACUAGAAAAUGCAACUUUGAAAGAACUGGAAGAAAUUAGGACCAAAUUGCAAACCGCUCUAAAGAAAGAUGUUGACAACUGCAGCAGACUGAAGGAUGAACUUCAUCGACUAGGUGAAGCUGUAAAAGGCAUUGGUGAUCAGAGCAAAACUGAAAUUGAGUUCAUAGCGGGUAGGAAAUGCCUGGACAAAAUACAAGAGUCCGUAUCAUAUCUGAAGGAAAACCCAGUUAAGGUUCAGACAUCAACAAUAUUCAAGGCAAACACUGAGAUUUUGCAGUACCUGUCUAAACAGUCUGGUUUAGGGAGGACUGUAGACAGUAAGCAGUCUCCCAAAAAGGUGAUGAAUCCAGACCAGGUAUUGACUCUGAAAAGGACGUUUGAGUAUAAUGUGAAAAUAUUAAGUGACAAACGUCAGACUUGCUACAUCUUGGGCAUUUGCAGCCUGCCCAGUGGUCAGACUAUUAUUGCAGAUUAUAAUAAUAAGAGACUGAAGAUGUUGGACAAGGAUUACAAUGUGUCCAGUCAUUGUGAUUUGGAUUGUUAUCCACAAGACAUUUUCCAAAUUACACAAAAUAUGGUAGCUGUAACUGAUAAUAAUAAGGUGCAAUUUAUCCCUGUUGAAAAUGGGAAGCUGGUGAGUGGGCAUGCUGGGAGGUCUAUGUUUGAGUUACGGCAUGCUGCUCUUGGCAUUUCCUGCCAUAACAGAGAAUUGUAUAUCACCUCUGGCACCGCCCUCUACCUCUACACGUGGUCAAUGAAUGUUAUCAAAAUGCUUUAUGAGGAUACAGGGGGUGGCAUAACAGUUUACAAAUGUGCAUUGAGUCCUGACGGUGACUGGAUCUAUGUCACCAACUUUUCCCAGCAUACGCUCACCACAUUGGCCACAGAUGGCACCGUGAUAUCCACAUUCACAGACCCUGAACUACAGGGACCAAAAGCUGUGCACGUUACACCUACAGGACAACUCCUUGUCUGUACAUUCAAUUCCCACACUGUCAUACAGGUGGAUCAUGAGGAAAGAAAGAAAAUUGCAACGCUAGCUUCACAGAAAGAGGGAGUGAGCUACCCAGUGUCUGUCUGCUACAACACCAAUAGUCACCAGAUCAUUGUCGGAGCAUAUGCUAGCAAUAAUAUCAGUGUCAUGGACUUGCAGUAGCUCUUCCAGUGGAACAAAACAUAGAUAUAAACAUAGGUAUAUAUGUAAUUUCCAUUGUUUCAUUGAAAGGAACAUUAAGUCAUUAGAAUUUAUAUCUGGGUCAUGCAAAAACAUAUUCAUACAGUUGAUCGUCUAUAAUUUAAAAUUAAAUGUAAAAUGCCGACUUCAUUACGAAAAAUGCUAGUUUAUAAAUGUAUAUAUUCUAAAACGAUUGGAAUCACCAAAAGCAAUCGCAAAACAUAUUAUGAUACUAAAAACGAUGAUCUUGUUUUGCGUUAACCGCUCGGGUAUUUCUGCCACCUACUCUGGUGGUGACGUCAUUUUUACACAACGCGCAUGACAAGGAAACUCGUCCAUUGUUAUUACGGAUUGGAGCUUGAACACUUUGCGCUUAACGUUAAAUUUGAAUUCAAUAGCGUGUUAUUUUGUUAAUUGUUCAUUAAGUUUUAUUUAAAGCGUUUGUUGAUUUUUUUCCAUGACAAACGUUAUUCGUCAGAGUUCAGUGUGUUGCUUUCGGGUGCAUGGAGCGUCCGGACAAAACAUCGAACUACACGCACCGGAUUGCAUAACUCAACAUGCUUGUUAUGUUUUCUGUAAUUGCGAGACAAUAUUCUAAAUGUAUUGAUAUUAAUAGAAACACGGAAACGCAUUACUGUUAUGCCUUUGUGUAGAUCACAUAUACGGAUUAUUUAAAAUCCACUAUUUUUCAUUAACAUGUACGCAUCAAUGGUUUUGUAACAAAAACACGUUGUUUGAACAGCUAUAAAAAAGGACAAAUACCUUUCAACUUAUAAAUAACUCAAGUUAUGGUCUGUGUCACCAUACAAAAAUUUAAAGUAUCAAAAAUACUAUGUGUGUUUAUCAAUUAUAUUUCCUCAUCUUUUAAGAAAUUAUGAGAGGAUAAAAAUAUAACUAUGUAAACUUAGUUAUACGGAUAUUUAACCCAAAUAAUUGACCGUUUUCUACACUGUCUAGAUACAGACAAUUUUUUAAACGGAAAUUAGAAUAUAAUUAAUAAAAUUAAUAUUGUUUGCUAACAUUAUUUGUUAUGUUAUAUUGAAAUAUUCACAAUAAAAUAUAAUAUGAUCAUGUUUUGUGCAUGGAUCAUACUUAUUGGUAUUAAAUAUCCACCGCCAUAGACGGAGGGAUAUUGUUUUGCGUUGUCAGUCCGUCCGUAUUUCCGUCCUUCCGUCCGUCCGGCACUUUUGUUUCCGGAGCCAUAUCUUGGAAGUGCUUUGGCGGAUUUAAUUGAAACCUGGUAUAAGUAUAUAUAUGGAUAAGAGGAUGAUGCACACCCAAUGACAUUGUACACCAUUUGUUAAUAACGAAGUUAUAGCCCUUUGUAUCUUGAAAAAAUGCGUUUUUGUGCCCAGAGCCAUAUCUUGGAAGUGCUUCGGCGGAUUUCAUUGAAACUGGGUAUGAGUAUAUAUAUGGAUAAGAGGAUGAUGCACGCCAAAUGGCAUUGUACACUAUUGAAUAAUUACGGAGUUAUGGCCCUUUGUAUCUUGAAAAAUUAAUUGCUUUUGUGUGUGUGUGUCCGGAGCCAUAUCUUGGAAGUGCUUUGACGGAUUUCAUUGAAACUCGGUAUGAGUAUAUAUAUGGAUAAGAGGAUGAUGCACGUUGUCGAAUGUCCAUCUGUCCAGAAAACUUUUGUGUCCAGAAGUAUAUUGGCGGGGGAUAUCAACUCGACAAAUUUGCUUGUUUAAUAAAAAACUUAACAGCUUUGCAUUUUUGAUUAUUGAUUAUUAUCUGGAUUAAAUUUUAUAUCACAAAGAGAAUGA